AUGUCACAGUCGAGCGGGCCGCACGCCUGCGGCGGAGGUGGCGGCGGAGGCUCGCCGCACCGACGCACUGCGCUCUCGGACGUCGGCAACACUCCUCCGCGCCCGCUCGGCGUUGGAGGCCGGCCCGGUGGCUCUCCCGUCUUGGAGCGCUGCCGUCAGCAACUCGCCGACGGUGGUGGCGCGGAUGCGGUGGUGCCGCUGCCGCCGGGCGGAGUCGCUACCGUUUUCCCUCCGCCACCGCCGACCGGGCCGGCCGCUUCCGCUGCGGGGUUGCCGCCGCCGCCGCCGCAGCCGCCGCAGCCGCAGCCGCACGUCGACCCGCCUCCACUGCCGGCGGCGGCGGCCGCCGGCGCGACGACGAGGGACUUCUUUGGACUGGCCGCGAGGCAGGUCGCACGAGACGCGUACGAGCACGCGCAGGCGACCGGGGUGGUGACGAGCUCGGUCGCUUCCGACCGGCUCGAUGAGGCCUCUCUCCGCUCGUGGGCCGCCGCGCUCUACCUGAUGGAGGGCGGAGAGGAGACGCCGCCUCGCGCCGAGCGUCAGGUCGCCGUCUCGCGCUACAAGGUGACGCACACCGACGCCACUCUGCUCUCGUACGUCGGCAACCUCCGCGUGCUGCGGCAACGACUCGGAGCGCAGUGGGCAGGCUGCCAGCUGUCGCUCCGCGACCGCGAGCUGCGCACUGUCUUCGGGUCGUCGACGCCGGCCGGCGGCGACGGCAUCCGCCGGGCUGCCGUCCCCGACGGAGCCGCUGACGGCGACGGGCACACACAUAUCGGCGGCUUUGAAGUGUGCGACGAGGCCAUCGACCGCGUGCUCGGCGACGCCUCCGCCCACUCCAACCCGCGCGUGCGCGAGGCGGGCGUCGCCUUUGAGGCCGGCGAGCAGCUGCACCGCGUCCGAUGGGGCUCGUCGGACUGGCCCAUGGAGGCGAGGCUGGUGCUCGGCCGCUUCGACGAUCUCGUCAUGCAGGACAUCCGCGAGAUCGAGAUUGCGCCGGGACUCUACGGCUGCUUCUGCCGCAGCGGCGACUCCGACGAGGUGCUUCUGGGACGUUCAGGGCCGGCGCCGUCGUCGACGCCGCCGGCCUCGAUGCCGGCGGCCUCCGGUGGCGCCGCUGGCGAUCCCUCGGCGCCGCCAGCUCUGCGGUCUCGCGAGCCCGGCGAGGGCGGCGGCGAGGGCGGCGACGAGGCGCCGGUGUGGCACGCGGCCGGGUCGGUCGACGCGAGCCGGUGGCAGGUCGAGGCUGACGGAGGGCGCCUCUUCUUUGUGCGGGUCGCGGGAAAGGCCGCAUAA